CGGUGGCUGGCCGGCGGCCGGGCGGGCUGAGCCAUGGACAGUGACGAGGAGACGCUGGAAGAGACCGUCGAGGGAGCACUUGAUGAAGAUGGGAUGCCACAUGGUUUCUGUACAGUCUCUUAUUCAUCCACUGACAGAUUUGAAGGAAAUUUUGUGCAUGGAGAAAAGAAUGGCCGUGGAAAGUUCUUCUUCUUUGAUGGAAGCACACUAGAAGGUUAUUAUGUUGAUGAUGGUCUGCAAGGCCAGGGAGUAUACACCUAUGAAGAUGGAGGGACUCUUCAUGGCACUUACGUGGAUGGCGAACUGAAUGGGCCAGCGCAGGAAUAUGAUGCUGAUGGGCGAUUGAUAUUCAAAGGGCAAUACAAAGAUAAUAUUCGGCAUGGAAUUUGUUGGAUAUACUAUCCAGAUGGUGGGCAUCUAGUUGGAGAAGUUAAUGAAGAAGGAGAGAUGUCGGGAGAGAAGAUAGCCUACGUAUAUCCAGAUGGGAAGAUGGCAUAUUAUGGACAGUUCAUAGAUGGUGAAAUGUUAGAAGCAAAGUUAGCAACUCUUAUAUCCAUAGAAGAGGGAAAGCCACAAUUUGAAGUGCUGCCAGGUGGCCCAGUGUACAGUUUUGAUAAAUCUACUUCAUCCUGCAUUUCUACAAAUGCACUUCUUCCUGAUCCUUAUGAAUCAGAGAGGGUAUAUGUAGAUACAUCUCUCAUUUCCAGUGCUGGAGAAGGGUUGUUUACUAAAGUAGCUGCUGAAGCUGGCACAGUUAUGUCCUUCUACAAUGGCGUACGAAUUACGCAUCAGGAGGUGGACAGCAGGGACUGGGCUUUGAAUGGAAAUACAAUAUCCCUUGAUGAUGAAACAGUCAUAGAUGUGCCAGAACCCUAUAACCAUGCAGCCAAAUACAGUGCCUCAUCAGGGCACAAGGCAAACCACUCAUUCACACCUAACUGUGUUUAUGAGACGUUUGUUCAUCCUCGAUUUGGGCUGAUUAAAUGUAUUCGCACUACUAGGGCUGUGGAGAAGGAUGAAGAAUUAACAGUGGCUUAUGGAUAUGAUCACAGUUCCACUGGACAAAAUGGGCCAGAAGCACCAGAAUGGUAUCUGGUGCAACUGAAAGCCUUCCAGGCUUCCCAGAAAAAGUGAAAUGCAAGCAGCGUCUCAGUUCAGAAAACUGGAUCUAUGCACUACCCUUGAUACUGGAAUCAGGACAGUCAGGGAUUGUUUAUACUGAUGUUCUGGAACCCUUCACUCUGUGUCAGAGAAGGGUGGUUUGGAGUUGGGUUUUGUUAUUGUUGUUGCAUACUAACAAGUUUUAACCAUUACCUUAGAGCACCUGUUAAAACUUUAGCUAGUGUUAUGAAAUAACUAUUUAAAAUGGUAUAGAAAGAAAUGGAUUUAUUUGGCAACCAUUCUGUAUCAUAUGCAAAGUUGUCAACAUCUAGCAGAAGGGUAUAAAAAGAUUGGGGUUUUACCAACUGUACAGUCUAGUUGUUACUGUGCAACUGCAUUUUGUACACAUACCAUUUUGUUAAUGGUAAUAGAACUGUGCUGUUUUUUAUAUUCUAGAAAAGUAGCAUAAUUUGUGCUCUUAAAACCUUUGACAAUAUUUAGAACUGUUUCUAUGUUGGUGCCCAGGAGGUUGGCCUUUGUAGCUCCUCUCUUCUCUCUCUCUCUCUCUGUCUCUCUGUCCACUGUCACUUCCUUAAAAGACAAAGACUGCACAAAGGUUUUAACAACAAUAUUAUAUGUAGGUUUUUAUGGCUCUGUGUACAAAUGAAUUUUAGAAAUGUGCCUAGGAAAAUCAGAGCUGGUGCAACUUUAAUUAUGAUAAUCGUACUUGAAUAACUUCUAGUCAUUGUGGUGUGUGUGUGUGUGUGUGUUUACAAAGACAAAAAACCCUUGAAAACAAGAGAAUUAUAAUUGGUGUGGAAACAAGUGAUUCAACAUUGUAUCAAGAGAUUGCUUGCUUGUGAAAUCCUCUUCCUUCUACUCUUCCCUUUACUGCUUCUAAAUGGUGGAUUCUAGGGAUCCUGAGAGAGAAGUAUAUUAAUCAGAGGCAGGGUUGUUUGAUAGAUAGGGUCUCAAAAACAAGCAGAGGAGUUGGACGUUGGAACCCUGUUUGUUUUAUCGUUAUAUUUAUAUGAAUGGAAGAAAAUGGAGAGUAAUUUGAAAGGUUAAGAGCAAAAAUUGUAUUUCUAUGGUAAAAUUAAUUACAUUUAUGUAUAUGUCAAAUAGUUUUUAUGGUGAUUAUAAAAUACAUUUAUAGUUCUUAACUAGCUUUUAUCUGUGAUCAGUAAAACAAUAAUGGAAAGCAGGGUCUGCAGAUCAGGUAUCAUGUUGGCAUUUGUUUUUUUUCUGAAUAUGAUUGCAUUGUCAGUUACUCCUAUAGAAAGAGACUUUUGCAUAUGUUCUUUAUCUGCAGGUUGAUCACUCAACUUGUAGAUGGAGUGUGAGAGAGGUGGGCAGAAUCAAAUACAAAAGGGACAGGGGAGGCAAGACUCAAAAUUGUAUUGAAAAGCCUUACUAGAAUAACUCAACAAAUUGAAUUCUUGUGCCCCGAGAAAGGCUUCCUCAAAACAGGUUGGGUAAUUCACUAUUUUAUUAAUGUUCCCAUUACUUUUCAGUACCAUUUUGAAGAUCGCUUUUACCUCCCUCUCUCAUCUGCUCUUUUACUUGCAUUCUAACAGAUCAAAUCUGAAAAGGCUUUAACUAUUUUUCAGGUGCUAGGUUAGGUUUUCAACAUGGAAAAUGUAUAAGGAUGAACUAAAAGAAAAAAGGUUGGUGUUUGGUAUUGGAGAAUCGUCAUCACUGUGACUGAUAUUCACUGAAUGUACUUACAGAGAGAAUUUUAUUAAUUGUCCACUUUAUUUCAAAUAAGAGCCUUUUCUGGAUGAGGAUGAGGCUUGCACAGUGAAUGAAUUUUGCAAAAAGAUUUCUUUCAAUGCCUGCCUAAAGUUUUCUUUUAAUGCCUGCAAAAGAACAGUGAAUGGGAGCCUUGACGAUUCUCCAACUUUUCACUUUCACACGUCGUUUCAGCAUAUUCAAGUAUGGCAAACAGCCUACACAGAUGAGAUUUCAUUAAAUCAGCUGGGCUUUUUGAGGCUGAACUCAUCCUCACUCCAUGGAAGUAGCUGACAAAGGCUGAAAUUAUAAUGCUGCUUCUGCAAAUAGGUACAAAAUGAAGAGGAAAAAUGAUAUGCAGCUCUUACCUACAAGCAUUUAAGUACAACACAAAUUGCUGUUAGUUCAUGAACAUGUUUGCAGAUAAAUACUACUGAUUUUGAUGGAACACUCUUUGGAUUUAAAUGAAAUUACUCAGUAGCGAGACAGGAGCCAUGGUGUUUGCAUGCAUGGAGUUCCUUUUGAAAUAGUACCUUGGAUUCUAAAUCUGCAAUCCAAAGCACAUUUAUUAGGAAGUAAGUCCCAUUUAGCACAUUGGAACUUAUUUCUUAAUAAACAUGCUUAGGGCCACAUUGCAUAUCUGAUAUUACAACAGUUGCAGUCUGUGUAAUUACUGACAUCACUGUCAAGAUGCAGGAGUAUUAGAAUAAUUCCUCCUGAUUAUAAUAAUAUGGUCUUACUGUUUUUCUAUUCUAGAAGUACAGAUAUGAUUCUGUAGACUUCAUCAUAUCUGACUAAUGCUCAUCAAUGUAUUUUUAAAAAAAGACCCAGGGAAGGAAAUUCUUCAGCUGCCCUGCCAGUGGGUUCCAUUGCCUGUUUUUAGAAGUAGGGAGUGUUUACUGAUAGUCAACCUAAGCCUGCUUUGCUGCAAGCUUAAACCUACAUUCUUCAGUGAGAAGAUUUCUUUGUCUGCUUUAUGGCAGCCUUUUGGGUACUUGACAACUGCAGUGGAGCUUCCACUCCACUACCACCAGCUUUAAUCCUUUGUCUAAUGCAAUACAAGUCAGACAUACAAUAAUAAUCGUCUUCUUAGGAAAACGCUUGUCCUCUUGGUGUGUGCAGAUUGACUUUGCUUUCAAAAAAAUUACAACUUUACUAACUAUCUUGCAAAACAACACACCCCACAAGAUGCAUGAUUUGACUAUAUUAGCAAUAGCACUUCCUUAAAAAAAAAAAAAGAGAAAAAAAGAGGCUAGUAAUGCCUAAAUGGGGCAGAAGUGGAUUGUUUUGAUUAAUGUUUGCUUUUUAAAGACAAAAACCAAGCAUUUGUUUGCUGGUACGUCCUAAUAAAUCAGAUUCAUGUAUUAGGGCAGAACGAUAUUUUUCUAAACAGGAGAUAUAUUAAUUAGAAGUUGUUUUAUCUGCUGCUCUUCCUAUAGUUGCCAUGGCUUCCUUAAAAGAAUGGCUUUCCUGGAUCAGAUAAAGAUCCCUCCGGUCCAGCAUUAUGCUCUCCUUCAGAGAUGAGUUAGAUAUUUCUGAAGGUUUAUGAACAAGGAAUUGAAGGCAAUGGCCAUUCCCACAAUCUUGGAUCAUUAGAACUUCUGGACAUGGAUGUUUCAAAUAACUAAUUGCUAAUAGCUACUGGAAGAUCUAACUUUCAUGAGAAAAUUUUUACUUUUAAGACCAGUUCCAAUCAAGCAGAAUGAGUGAUCUAGUCCCCUGUGUGUGGGUCGGUGGGUGGGUGGGAAUACACUGGCUAUUAUCAAGAAGUGUGAUUAGUCCAGUGGGCUCCAUCCUUUUCAAAAAGGAGCUCCUCCUUGCUUUCAACUACAGUUUUUCUAUAGAACAGUUUGUGUUAGGUGGUGGUAUUUGUUAAUAUGGUGUCACAAAAGGUGAUUCAGAGAAAUUCAGCUAGAAUUAGGUUUGGAAAACAAACUAAUGGAAACUUAAAGGGUUAAAAUACAGAAUUCAAACUCCUUCCUCUCUCUUCUGCAUGUAUUUGUCCUAUAAUCGACCAGUAAUUGGGUAAGCACUUUAAAAAGGUCACUGUAGAUCUUGCUUUGAGUAAGUUAUGUGUACAGCAGCUACCUCCAUGUUCUGGAAAGUCAGGCUUAGAGGAAUUUUCAGAGCCUUUCAUAAUUUCUAAACUCUAUUCUGGUUUGAAAUGUUGGGAGUGUUGCAUGCAGUGCUUUUAAUUGGUCCUACAUGAGCCCAGUAUCUUGUGUGUGUGGCUUGGAUCUUAUGAGCUAUAGGUAGGAUGUAAGAGUGAAUCUAAAUAGUUGGUGUAAUAUAUCUGCAUGUUUGUGUAUCAGGGGAUGGAUAUCAUGUUUCCUAGCACAUGGUAAUGUUUUCCCCCAGUCUCCUUAUGACUCAUGUUCUUAUCUGCGCUUGGGUGAAGCUGCUGUAGGCUAUUUGCUUGGUUUUCAUGUAUUGGUGGACAAUGUUCUUGAGUGGCCCCUACCAUUUUGUUAACACUUUGUUUUAGUGACUGUGGCUUGAUAUAGUCUGUGCCUCUUUUUUAUGCCCAGGAAUUAUAUAUACCUAUCAUUCUAUGCAAAAGACUGUUCCUAGAUAGUUCCUGCUACUGAAUGUGUAGGCUCCUAGAGUACAAUAAAUUUAGUUGUACCUAAAGCCUACAAGAACCUGGAAUGUCACCCACAAUCCCCAUUUUAGACUACAGGGGGUUCUUUCAAAGAUAUGAGUACAUGAUGAUUCCAUGUUUUGACUCCCAAAUAACCAGGCUUCCCCAAUCCUACAGAUUUUUUAUAUUUCAACUCCCGUCAGCCACAGCCAGCAUGGGCAAUGGGUUACGAAUGCUGGGAGUUGCAGUCCAAAACAUCUGGAGAGCAUCAGGUUGGGGAAGGCUGCAAAUAACUAUAUGGAAAUUAAUCAUUAGUUCUUUUCCUGGAGCAAAUGUUCUUCUGCUUUUGACUCUUGGUGCAGAGAUCUUUGACUUUAAGCCAGUGCAGAUAUAGUCAUCAUAAGGCCCAUGGGCCAUAUUUGACCUUCCCAGAUUUCCCUCUGGCCCAGUCCCAAACUAGUACUAUACAGUGACUGUGUGAAAGGAUGAUUAUGCUGCAGAAAAGGAAGGAGUCUUUGUGUGGAAAGGACCUGGCAAGUUAAACUUAGCUCUGCGUUGGGUCCUGCGUUGCCUAGCAGUGAUUGGUGCAAUCAGUACUAAGUAAAGUCUUCAGCAUUCAUUUUCUGAGCUUGUGUGUGCUGGUGAAACCAACAUAUCAUAUGUCGCUUUCCCAAUGACAGAAUUAUGUUACAAAAUAUCUACAUGUAAAGUUUAUUAAAACUCAAAUGUUUCAAAGCAUCUUUAUUGGAGCAUAAUCUUAACUUCACCUGAAAGGUUAUGAUUGUGCAAUCUUCUGAUCUAUAUGUUGGUGGGAAAUUGUCUUUAGCCCUGUUAGCAGCAAUAGAACUAUUAUUUAGGAAUGCUAAUUCACUAGCUGAAGAAUAGGUCAAUUGCAAGAUACCUGCAUAAAUCAAAGGUUUUGAAUGCUAUCAUUUCUUAAUGUCAUCUGUUUCUACGGCAAGAUAGCUUUUUCCUUUAAAAUUUUUAUUAAAUUUAAAACCAAAAUGAAGUCUAUAGUAUUGCCUAUUGAAAAGCAAAGAAAUAUCUAAGCCAUAAAAUCAUAGAUGGGAUACUUUGCAAGAUUUUAGACUCUGUGUGUGUGUAUAUGUAGAUCAUAGUUGUAUAGAAUUAUUCUAAUGGAAGAAUGCAUAUGUAAAAUAUAUGAUUCAAGACUUAUACUUGUAAGUCUGUUUUUAAAUACAAAAGCAUAGAAAUUCAAACCAGAUGGAACAUUUUAAAAGACAGAAAUUAAUCAGCUGUUUAAACUGAUGAAAGCGUCAGGCUGAGAGAGAACUUUAUGUAGCCUUUUCAUUUUUAUUGUCAAAUGUUAAUGAAAUAUACAGACAUCUUUGACACUUGUAAACUUUGCUUCCUACUACUUAAUAUUCAAUGGCAACAAUAAACCAUAUGAUAAUAGUUGGAGUGCUAGAUAUAAAAAGAAAGCAAAUUGUUGUAAGAAAGCCCACUUUUGCAGGUUUGUAGAUAGAGCCAUUUUGGGAAAUGCGUGGAUUCCAAUAUGACAGAUAUAUAAAAUAUUAACCUUCUGUUGUAUUAUGGAGUUUGGGUUUUUGAGGUCAGUGGUUAAUGUGUAGUAGAUGUCAUAAUCCUCUGAAACUGAAGGAAAUAUGCAGAGGACACCAAAUCUAGUCAAUCCAAUUCUGGAAAUUAUAUUGACCAAUUUAGGAGUCAGAGGGUGAGGUUUUAUCAUGCCUUGUGGUAAAGGAGGGUAAAGAAACAGUGAUUACUCAAUAAACAUGAGAAACCUAAUAUGAGUCCCAUUUGUUCUGCAAGGUAUUUGAGAAACUGGGAUUAGGAUCAGAUCUAGAAUGUGGAAGAUAAUGAUAAUAGAUAUUAAGGGUAGGGACUGAAAUAAAACAUUGAACCCUUUUAAACAUUUUAAAUUUCUAUGGUUAUGGCCAUUUUAAAAAGGGUAAGGCUUAUUUAAUAGGCCAUUGGGUAUUCUCUAGUGACAGCGUCCUAUUUUAGUUUGCUCUUUUGGAAUAUAGCUGGCUGAUGAAAGUCAUAUAAUUUGGAGUAUCUAAAACAAUUCUCCAAAUUCGAUGUCAUUGUUCUGCAAGGAAAAAGAGUAUGAAAUUGCUGGAACAUUCAUUUUAAACUUGGUACCACCACCCCAAUCUGAACCAUCUUUGAAUUAGGGCCAUCCCUCUUUGCAUGCACAUAUUCAAGUUAGUAAAGGACCCUGACUGAAGUCAUGAAGAGAUGCUGCCAGUCAGUGUUGACAAUUCUGGCUUAGAUGGAUGAAUGGUCUGACUCAGUAUAAGGCAGCUUCUAUAUUCACAUGCAAUAUUUUUAGUACAAAUAUUCAGUUUAACCUCAAGAUACAGUAUUGUUAAUUUUUCGAUGUAGGCAAAAUGGUCUAUCAGUGUGCAAUUGAACAACAAACCAGCAAACAUAGCUGCAGAGGAGCAAAGCGGUGCUUAGAUCAGAACACAGGUCUUUCUAGAUUGUAAUGUCCCAAAGAAAGCAUGCAAGGUUUGAAGAAUUCCACAGAAGUGGACUACUUGGGGAUUUUGUUAUAAAUGUCUUAUACCUGUUCAGGUGUAUUCAAGAUAAUAAGAAAGCACAGGCUUCACUGAUGGGAUCAACAUGCACAACCCAUGACAAAGCAGAUAGAAAAAUAAUUCUUCCCCUAAGGGACAUUAGUAGAAAAUGGUUUCAGAAGUAUUGCAAUAUGUACAAUGCUUACUAAUGUAGUUCUAUCAAUAAUCUAUUUUCUUAGGGAUGUGUGAAUCAGCAAAACAUGACCUUGCCAGAGUUAUCCAAAUUCCAUCUAAACGCUCGUUCCAAAUUGAUUGUAAACAUUGUUUUUUUCUUUUUGCAUGAAAAUCUGCAUUUUUGUGUAUAUUUUUCCAAAUGUAUGUAUCAACUGUGUACAACUUUGAAAAGCACACAUUCUUCUCUGAUAGAUUGAAGUGUAUUUGUGCACAUUUUUCAAAUGCACAGAUGCUGUCAAACACUUUUAUUUUUUGGUAUGUGAAUCAUAGUGCAAGCUCAGAAAUGUUCAGACUUUGAUUGCAGACUGUCCAGUCUGGAAGCUACAAACUGGCUAAACCCUGAUAAAAAAUGAGCUGAAACGAAUUUCUCAUACAUCCAUAAUAAUUGGUCUACAUAAAUUAUGAAUAACCUUUGGAAAAAAAUGAAUGACUAAAACCAUAGGAAGGGAUAAAUCUGAAGCUUUGGAAAGAUUCUAUGCAUUCACAAAAUGUGAUCAGGGUUAAAUGUUGAAAAAUUUCUCAUUGAAAUAUAUAAAUGGACAUAUAUCAUAUUCCAACAACAUUCGCAUCAGUUUUAGACCCACAAAGUCCAAUUUGAAGUAGAUGAAGCUAGGCAGUUUACCCACAAAAAGUCUACUCCCAGUGUCUGGCGCCCAUGUUGUUGUAAUGCAACAUUCACUCAGUUGCUACCACAAUGGCCAUAUUUGGAGGCCAUCAAUGGUGAUUAUAUUUGGCUGCUCUGUCAUGGGGACUGAAGUGGUUAAAACUUUUAGAAAUUAGACUAAAUGUCUUGAGUUCCAUGUCUCAGGUUAAAGUAUGAGUACACAACAAACCAGCCUGUGGUGGUAAACUACAGUAUCAAGAUUACCUUGUAAUGUCCAGGAAGUGAACUGCAAAGAAGGCUAUGGAAUUUAAUUUGUGCAUCUUUUUCUCUCUCUUAAAAUACAAGCCUAUGUUCAUGUUUACAUUUUUGGAACGCACCAUUCUAUUAAUUUGAAUUCUUCAAUGUAAAAUAGGAUGAUACGCCAAUAUAGUUAUGUAAAUCCACUUCUGAUUUGUGCAGAAUGUAUUUUAAUAUUUGUGAACAAAUUCCUUGACCUCAGACUACAGAAAUGUCACCAUAUGUUACAGAAAUGUUUAAAUACCAAAAUUGAAAAAGCUAUUUAAACAGAAAUGUCUAUAUACAAAAUUGGAAAAUAACUGCCAUAUGAAAUUGUGCAUUUUCAAAGGUAGUGCUACAUCUGAAAUUGAAAGUUCAGCUAAUACAAUCCUGCAAAGAGGGCUGUCAUAUCAAAUUGCAUUUCUAGUUAGAAUCUUAAUUAGAAGUCUCACUUUUAAAAUGUGUAUUAUAGUAACUGUUUUCUUCUCUCUUCCUAUAUUCUUUGUGAAACUUUCAUAUUGUAACUGAACUUGGUUUCAAAAUAUCUGUGGCUCACUUUUAAGCUUCUUGCAAAAAGCAAUUUCUUUGUU